AUGUCAAGGUUCGCCGAACCAGGCGUCAUCAAGCACUACACCGACCUGCUCAGGUUCCACGCCACCAACCCGCCAGUGUUGAACGACGCCAUCUUCACCAUCCUGCACCACGUGGCGGGCGACGUGGGCAGGAUCGAGCUGCUCAUCCAGCCGUCCGUGCUGAGGAUCUUCUCCGACAUCUUGACCUCGCAGUUGCCCCUGCUGCAGGACUGGCUGGAGCUGAUUGAGCACACUAUCCAGCGCUUCAUCGAGAAACAGGGGGGUCCUGGGCGCGCCGCCCUUCCGGCGGACGCCUCCAUAGCGCGAUCCUCCACGCUGUGA